AUGACUACCUUCGAGCCCUCUUCUAACGUCAAGGUUGAAAACCUGAUCCCAUCUCCAAAUUCAGUCUGGCGCAUUUUGAACAUGCCCUCAGAAUUUGAUUGGGUUGCAACGCCAAUCCUAGCUAUCCAAGAAUUAUUGAUAUUAGCUCCAGGCGCACGAGAAACCCCCAUACAUGUAGAUGUCCACGAGAGGCUGGACACUAUUUUGCGGCCAGAUCAGAUCUCGGCCCUCCUAGAAAUCUUCAAAACGCGUUACGAACCUUGGCUUAACGCACCAACAAGUCUUACUGCACACUCGGCGCCCACGCCCAUGCUCGACGUAAUCCGUUGUCAAGUGGCCUCUAGAGAUCUUGACCCGACAAUGCAUGCCGUGAUUGCUCCUCGCUUACAAAAGCUCACAGAAAAAAUACAACUGGAGGAGCUGUUCAAUCCACCUCAUUCAACUGAACAAAUUGAGGCUCUUCUGAUCAUGUCCCUUUGGGUCCCCAUUUGUGAUUCCGUGACGAACAAGGGCCACGACCCUCGCAAAUUUAUCUCAACAGCCAUCAACAUCGGGGUAGCCUUAGGCCUACCGCUGGAAAUAACUACCUCUGCGAGAAGACGUCCACACUCAAGGGUGGUGGACCUACAAAUCGAGGAAAACAACUUCAAAGCACGUUUGUGGCUAUUGAUGUCUACCCUUGAAUCCUUGAUCUUUAUAGGAACGGGCAAACCCCGUGUGUCGCGGCGUUCUGAUGCGGAUUACACUUUGAUCAAUGUCCCGGCGUAUGGCGGCCUCCCGGCUGCGAGAGAAAUGCGACUUGGGCUUAUAGCCAGGCUGAUCGAUACCACGGAAAAAGGAUGUAGCUUGAGUCUUGCAGGUCAAGACGACAUCGACACUUUCUCUUCUGAAGCAGCCGGCAUUUUGACCAAGUUCGACGUCCUCAAACGUUUCAUAGCGCCUACUCCUGUCAUAUCCCCGUUUGAAGCAUUCCAAUUCCACAUUCUUCUCGUUCAAUGCCACGGCUGUCGGCUGCUCGUCUUGCAUCACGCCCUCCAAGAGAUACGCAGAGUGUUCCCCAAAUCUGAAACAGAACACCUGGCCAUAGGUUUAGCCUCCACGUUGACCAGAGAUGCGUUGGCCUGCGCUCAGGCUGUAUUGACGGAUACGCUCACAUGGCGCGACCAGGACCAACUCGUGACAAUCCCUGACUACAUAUUCUGGAUGAUAUCAUUCGCCGCAGCAUGGAUCGUUACCUUCAAUUUCUCAGCAUAUCAAGCUCACCACCCAUCGCACGUUGACGCUGCUUGCGAUGGGUUACUGAAAUUGACUAUCACCCGUUUGUCUGAGAUAUCGCGUUCGCCUAACCACACUCCGGCGAAGUGCGCCCAUUUAAUUUCCCUGCUUUAUGGCUCGUUGCAUAGGUUGAUUCCGGAGUUGAUCAGUGGCGACAGGGUGUCUUCGCCUGCUAGUGAUCAUCGGGAAAUAGGAUCUGGAGACAUGGCAGGCCCAAGUUCGAUGCCGACGAAUCCGUACGUCAGCUUGCCGAGCAUGACGAGUACGCCGCCCGGACGUGCGUCCUCCGGGUCAUGGAGUGAUCAAGCAUAUACUGCGGUUCCAGGAAAUACGAAUCAAGUCGGGGAGACGUUGGGACAAGAUGCCUUUCUGGGUGCGGAAUUUUGGACGUCUUUUAUGGAUAAUCUACCCUCGUCCCAUCCCUGA